GGCCCCGGCGUUGGCUCGCGGAACCUUGGACGCGAGUCCUCGGGCUCACCCGGGAGCACCGGAAAGGACUUGUGCGGAGGACUUAGGAGGAGGAAGGGAAGGGAGGAUCUAGGAACCAUGGCUUCUGUGGGUGCUCUUUGCAGUGGUCCGGGAAGGAGAAAGUUUACCUGCUUCCUGACGGCCGCCGUCCGCUGCCCAAACCCAGGAACCCGAGCGGUGCAGUGGAGAAGUUGUUCACAAUAUAAACAGGUAACCAGCAAUGAGGACAUGCCUGUUCCAAUAGAAAAUCCUUAUAAGGAGCCUCUUAAAAAGUGCGUCUUGUGUGGAAAACGUGUAGAUUAUAAGAAUGUACAGCUUUUGUCCCAGUUUAUUUCUCCAUUUACUGGAUGCAUUCAUGGAAGGCACAUAACAGGUCUUUGUGGGAAGAAACAAAGAGAAAUCACAAAAGCUAUUAAGAGAGCACAAAUAAUGGGAUUUAUGCCAGUUACAUACAAGGAUCCUGCAUAUCUCAAAGACCCUAAAAUUUGUAACAUCAAAUAUCGGGAGUAAAUUAUGUAAAGUUAUCAGCAAUAAACUUAUUUUAAAAUAAA